AUGCGCACUUUUGUCUUCUUGCAGGCGUGGGGCGUGCGCGGCUUCUCGAAGGAUCCCACGGAGCUGCGCAGCGUCCCGCAUGACUCGGAGGUGCUCUGCGCCUGCGAUACAGGAGCGGGCAGGCUGGCGGUGGGCUGCCAGGACGGCACUAUCCUCCUCCACGACCUCGGCAUGACCGAUGAGUCUACCGCAAAGCUGGCGGGGCACAAGAAUGGUGUGCUCUGCCUGUGCCUAAUGUCUGAAGAUGUCCUGGCCAGUGGGUCCGAAGACAAGACGGUGCGCACCUGGAAUCUGCGCAGCAAGGAAGCGCUGCAAGUCUUCAGCGGACACACAGACUAUGUGCGGGGCCUGGCGCGGCUCAAUGACACUCAGCUUGCGAGCGCCAGCGAUGACAAGACCGUCCGCCUGUGGAGCCUCGCGGAGCCGAAAGAGUGCCGAGUGCUCCAGGGCCACACCGACUAUGUGCGCUGCCUCUGCCUCACGACCGCCGGCAGCCUCGUGAGCGGGAGCGAUGACAAGACUCUCCGAGUGUGGAGCCCUGAGACCGGCGAGGAGCAGCAGGAGCUGCGCGGCCACACAAGUGAGGUCAACUGCCUCUGCCAAGCCUCGCCCGAGCUCCUGGCAAGUGGCAGCGACGACGAAACGGUGCGGCUCUGGAGCCUCAGCACCUGGACCAUCGUGCGGGUUAUCGAAGGGCUCACGGGCUAUGUCUCCUCGCUGUGCCUCCUGGCGCCCAACCACCUCGCAGCUGCCGAUAUAAACGGCCGACUCCGCGUCUGGUCGGUGCAGAGCGGCGAGCCGCUGCACGAUGUCAAGGGUGCCCACGGCAAAGAGAUCGGAGCCCUUGUGAUGGCGAAGGUGAGGGGAGAGCACGUGCUGUGCAGCGGCAGCACGGACAAGACCCUGAAGCUCUGGCAGCUGCAGGCCUGGAGGGCCCUGAGCCCUGAGCCGCCGCUGCGACGGGAGGGCGGAGGCACAUGGGAUUUUUCGGUGUCUUUUCGGUCUUUGGAUGUCUUUGGUGAAAGGCCUUCAGUUGCGGUGAGCUCGCGGCAAGGGAUCGGUGUCACAGUUACAGGUUCAAGGGAGCAGACGGUCGUGUACAACGAGGUUUCCGUCACAUCUCUACGGAGACGUGUCGGCGUCUUCUCGAGCUUCGUUUGA